CUCCAAUCAGAUGCCUGUCAGUUCACACUGGACCCCAACACAGCGCACAGACAGCUCUGUCUGUCUGAGGGGAACAGGAGGGUGACCUGGAGCAGGGAGCCCCAGCAGUACCCCGAUCACCCCGAGAGAUUCAACCACUGGCAGCAGGUGCUGUGCAGAGAGGGGCUGUCCGGGACUCGCUGUUACUGGGAGAUGGAGUGGAGAGGGAUUGAUAUUGAUAUAGGGGUCACAUAUAAAGGACUCAGCAGGAAAGGGGAGGGUGAUGACUGUCGCCUGGGACUGAACGACCAGUCCUGGAGUCUGUGCUGCUCCGGGUCCAGCUGCUCCUUCUGGCACAAUAAGGAGAAAACUGCGGUAGCUGCCCCUCCCUCCUCCAGGAUAGGGGUGUAUGUGGACCACAGGGCUGGAACUCUGUCCUUCUACAGCGUCUCUGGGGACACAGCGACCCUCCUGCACAGAGUCCAGGCCUCCUUCACAGAGCCCCUCUACCCCGGGGUGGGGUUUGGUCCUCAUGUUUGGUUUGUUUUCAACUUUGUUGUCCACAGUGUGUCUCUGUGUGAGCUGGAGUAGAAAGAAGAGAGAAAACAGCAGGUAACUGAGCACCUGUCUCUCACACUGAGGAGCAGUUUCUCCAUUGACCUGUGUUUCAUGAUCUGCUGGAACUGAUACUACAAACCAGAGCCUUAAUUAUAAUUGUUCUCCAAAAUAAAAUAAAAAAAACGUUUGUAUUUAA